AUGGCAGUCAAAACUAUAACAAGAAUCACCAGUCUAACUAAAGUUAGCGGGGUCAAUAAGAAUAAGAAGAAUAAAGCUACUCGCAGUCGAAGAAGAUCAAAGAAUGGUUGUUUAAGUUGUAAACGAUUGAAAAUCAAAUGUGAUGAAAAGAAACCAAGUUGUGAAUAUUGUCUUGAUACAAAUCGUCAAUGUAGUUAUGUUUCAUCACCAAUUUCUCCUUCACCGGUGUUGACUCCAAUCAAUGAUAAUACUCCCAUUAAGGCAUUCAACGAUAAAGAUUACGAUGAAGAAGAAUCAAGAUUGGUGAAGUUGUGGGCACCUCCCACUAUUGGGAUCACUAUUAACAAUCGAUUGAUUAAUAGCAUAAAUUAUUUAAAUGUUAAAAGUUAUGAAAUGGAAUUAUUAGAUUUUUUUAGGAAGAAUUGUUUAUUCUUAUUUACAUUUGGAUUGAAAUCACAUAGAGAUAAUGCCAAUGUAAAUGGAUUUGGAAAUGUUUAUGGAAAUUCAGCCACUAAAACUGAAAAUUGGUCAGGUUUAAUACCCCAAAUGUUCUUUCAAAGUGAAAUAGUUCGAAAUAGUAUUUGUUCAUUUUCAUCAUUAAAUUUAUUUUCCAUAAUCCAAGAAGAAGGAACUGAUCCAAAUCGAAUUCAUCAUGCUUCACCAUUCAAACGAUUUGGAAGACCAGCGAAAUAUGACACUAAUCUUCUUCAUAACCAUCAAUUAUUCAAUAAGACAUGUGGUUAUUUUAAUCAAGCCAUUAAUCAAACCAAUCAACAAUUAGCUAGUUUAAAUCAUGAUAACAUAUUUAUUGAUCCUCCUAACCUAGCUAAAGAAUUAGUCAUUUCAAACAUUUUGAUAUUUACAUUUUUAGCCAUUCAUCCUCAUAAUUUAAUGCCAUUGGUAGAUUUCAAUGGUAAUCACAGUAGAGGUCAUAAUGAUUUCUUAUCCAUUUGUAAUGGGAUUAAAUCAACCGUAAUCUAUUGUUUACCAACUUUAAUUGAAAAUGAUUGUAAAAUCCUUACUGUAAUCUUUAAUGAUGCCGAUACUGAACUUCAACAACCUCCAACUCCACCAUGUCAACAUGAUUACGAUGUUCCGAUCAUAGCAAGUUUCAAACGUGAUCUAGAUCAAUCAUUUCAUACUGAUCAUGAUUUAAAACCAUUAGAAUAUAUGACUAUAUCCCAAACGUUAAAAAUGUUAAAUAAAGCAGUUAAAAAAUGUAUAUUUAUCAACUUUCCUAAACCUAUAUUCCGAUGGAUAUUAAUCACGGCCAAUCCAUUCUUUCAUCAAUUAAUUUAUAAACAGAAUCUUAUGGCAUUAAGAUUAAUGAAUAUUUUCAGUCAUUUAUGUCUUAUGAUUCGAUUUCAAUUGUUUAAUGAUUCAAAUAUGUGGAUUGAUUAUAUUGAAUGGUUUAAACUGUUUAAUUUCAUGCAUUUUAAUCAAACUUGGAAAUUUAAACUCGAUGAAAAAUUAUAUGAGUUAUCUAUCGUCCGUAAAUUUGGAUUUAAAUUAGCUAAUUAUGAACAUUUAGCUACACUUGAUCCUGAAAAUGAGGAGGAUUCAUAA